UUUCGCCACGCACUUGAAACAUGUUCAAAGCAGCUCUGAUCGCCUUGAUUCUCGGCGCCGUCGUGGCGGUGCCGGCGCCCUUUGGCACGCUCCUCGGCGUCACGCACGGCAACACGAGCGUCUACUCGUGCAACCACCCGACCGAAGACAAGUCCAACUACUACCCGCCAGGCACGGACGAGACCAACGGCACGUACACGGGCCUCCGCUGGCAGUGCGUCGAGCUCGCGCGCCGGUACCUCUUCCUCAACCACCAGCUCCUUUUCGCGUCGGUCGACGGCGCGGUCGACAUUUUCAACCUCUCGACCAUCACGGACGUCGGGCGCAACGUCUCGGUGCCGUUCACCGCGCACGCCCAGGGAUCGGCGACGCCGCCCGUGCGCGGGUCCCUCCUCAUCUACAAGAACGUGGGCUACUACGCACCGUGGGGCCACGUCGCCGUCGUCGUCGACGUGCACACGAGUCAUAUUGACAUUGCCGAGCAAAACGUGGACGACAGCGUGUGGCCGCCGGGCCAAGCGUACUCGCGUCGGCUCAACGUGACGCGGUCGAGCGCGUCGUUUACCGUCGACAAGCUCUACGACGACGAGGUCGUGCUGGGGUGGAUGACGACCCCGUUGCACCCGGCGUGCUAAUUGCAACAAAACGACACUCAUGGUCGCUGCACGUACGUGGGAGGUAGGUUGAAACAUUAUAUUGCAAUAAUGGAACGACGUACUAUGCC